UAUUUUCUUUUCUUCCCCUCCAUUCUCUCUCAAAAAUCUUCUCUUGCCUUGAACCCAACAAAAAUGUCUGCGGAUUCUGGGGAUAAGCGGUCGGUUCGAGCGCCGGGAGCCAUGAGUUCGCACCCACCGCCGAAGCUCAACGACCCACUUCCCUGUCCCAGGUGUGAGUCCACCACCACCAAGUUCUGCUACUACAACAACUACAACCUCUCUCAGCCUCGCUACUUCUGCAAGGCCUGCCGUCGCUACUGGACCCACGGCGGUACUCUCCGGAACGUCCCUGUCGGUGGAGGAACCCGCAAGACCUCCAAGCGUUCCCGUUCGUCCUCUGUUCCUUCCCCUGUUUCGACUUCAUCCUCCUCUGCUGUGACUCAGGAGGCUGAGUCUGUGCCCAUGUCGGCUCACCCUGUCUCGGUUGUUCCCGCAGCGGGAGUUAAGUCCGAAAUGAGUAUGUGUGAUGUGAAUCUGAACGAAACUGUAGGGGGAGAGCCAGGACCUGGAAGCUUCACUUCGUUCUUGACCGCUCCAGGACAAGGGUACUUGACUCUGGGAGGGUACGGGUUAGGAACCGGACCCGGAUUUGAUGGGGUUUGGGGAUAUCACGGAAAUGGUUAUAUGGGUAGUUUCGCUGCCGGUCCUUCCGUCGGGUGCAAUCCGUGGCAGAUGACAGCAGCCGGAGAUAUUGAAGGAGGUGGUGCGUUGGCUGAAGGUGAUUACUUUGGUUGGCCAGGACUGGCGAUUUCCGCGCAUGGGAAAGGCAUGAAAUGAAGCAGCUUUCACCAUUCCGAGGAAAGGGUUUGUCUUUAUCGUUUUUGGGUUUUGAGUAGUGUUUUGGAACAUCCUAGUUAGUUAGUAAUGUCGGUUUAUUGAGCUUGAAGUUGUCUUUUUCUUUGGGUUUAGUGUUUGGUGGGUAUAGUUACAUAGAAUGAAGAGUCUACUCUGAU